AUUCCAAUUUUAAUGGCUGGGAUGUUGACUUAUCCUGAACGAGUUUCACAUCAUAAUAUUGAGAAAUUGCGGCAGUGUGUUCGCAAUGGCCCCCAAUACCCUGGUGCUAAGUUUUUAAGGACACCUGAUGGUCAUGAGAUAUCAUUGAUGUAUUCUGCUCGGAAGCAUCAUGCAGAUCAGUUGAAGUAUGGGUGCAUUGUGCAUCGUCAUCUUGAAGAUGGAGAUGUGGUUCUAUUUAAUAGACAACCGAGUUUGCACCGAAUGUCAAUCAUGUCCCAUCGGGCAAGGAUAAUGCCGUGGCGCACACUGAGAUUCAAUGAGUCAGUGUGCAAUCCAUACAAUGCAGACUUUGAUGGUGAUGAGAUGAACAUACAUGUACCACAAACAGAAGAGGCCCGUACUGAGGCUCUUAUGCUAAUGGGGGUGCAGAACAAUUUGUGCACUCCGAAAAAUGGAGAAAUCUUGGUUGCAUCGACACAGGAUUUUCUAACUUCUUCCUUUCUUAUAACAAGAAAAGACACAUUUUAUGACCGCUCGGCCUUUUCACUCAUGUGUUCAUAUUUAGGUGAUGCCAUGGACCCAAUUGAUUUGCCAACUCCAGCAUUAGUUAAGCCACUGGAGCUAUGGACUGGCAAACAAUUAUUCAGUGUGCUAUUGCGUACCCAUGCAAAAAUGAGAGUAUAUUUAAAUCUUACUGUAGCAGAAAAGUCUUAUGGGAAGUCUAGAGAAACUAUGUGUUCCAAGGAUGGUUUUGUGUAUAUUCGCAAUAGUGAGCUUAUCAGCGGGCAGCUUGGAAAGGCCACAUUAGGUAAUGGGAAUAAGGACGGUAUUUACUCGGUUCUUCUCAGGGAUUAUGGUCCACAUGCGGCUGCUACCUGCAUGAAUCGCUUGGCAAAGUUAAGUGCACGAUGGAUAGGAAAUCAUGGAUUUUCAAUUGGGAUCGAUGAUGUUCAACCUGGGGCUACAUUAAACAAUGAGAAGAAGAAGACUCUGGAUAAUGAGUAUGGUCAUUGUACUAAUUACAUAAGAAGUUACAAAUCUGGAAACCUGGACUUGUUACCAGGAUGCAAUAAUGCUGAUACUCUUGAAGCCAAGAUAACUGAGACACUUAAUAAAAUUCGAGAAACUACUGCCGAUGUUUGCAUGAAGAAUUUAAAUUGGAGGAAUAGCCCUCUAAUAAUGUCCCAGUGUGGUUCGAAGGGUUCUCCUAUUAAUAUAUGCCAGAUGAUUGCUUGCGUUGGUCAGCAAUCUGUAGGAGGUCAUAGAGCUCCCAAUGGGUUUGUUGAUCGAACACUGCCUCAUUUCGAAAGAGGAGCAAAAGACCCAGAUGCUAAAGGCUUUGUUCAAAAUUCCUUCUACACUGGUUUAUGUGCGACUGAAUUUUUUUUCCACACCAUGGGUGGUAGAGAAGGUCUUGUCGAUACUGCGGUCAAAACAGCCGAUACGGGCUACAUGUCUCGUAGAUUAAUGAAGGCUUUGGAGGACCUAUCUGUCUUUUAUGAUAAUACAGUGAGAAAUGCUAGUGCUUGCAUUGUGCAAUUUGCUUACGGUGGUGAUUCCAUGGAUCCUGCACAGAUGGAAGAGAAAAGUGGGCUCCCGCUGAACUUUGAAAGAUUAUUUAUGAAAGCCAAGGCUACCUGCCCCGCAACAGAGCAAAAGAGUUUAACUAUUGAUGAAAUUGAGAAAAUAGUUGAAGAGACAGUUGAGAGAAGACUCGUAAAAUCAUCCAUGACUCCUGAAGGAGGGUCUUCGGAGUCUUCUCUUUCGCUAGAUACAGCAUAUAAAGAUGAAUGCUUGGCAGCUUUUGCAGAGUCAAUAAGCAAAUUUAUUAAGCAGAAGGAGCCUAGCUCAAUUUGCAAGAAACUGAAAUUGAGUGAAGGGAGACAUUCUGAAGAAGAUAGACGUAAUCUGGAAAAUGUUGCAUCUAAUAUAUCUGGAAUAACUCAGCGACAAUUAAUGGUUUUCCUAGAAACUUGUAUAUCUCGUUACAAUUCCAAGAAAAUUGAAGCUGGAACUGCAAUAGGAGCCAUUGGAGCUCAGAGUAUCGGAGAGCCAGGAACACAGAUGACAUUGAAAACUUUUCACUUUGCUGGAGUUGCCAGCAUGAAUGUUACCCUUGGAGUUCCUAGGAUAAAAGAAAUUGUUGAUGGUUCUAAAAAAAUCAAGACACCCAUUAUUACUACCCAUCUGGAGGUUAACAACAAUGACAUAACAGCUAAAAUGGUGAAGGGGCGUAUUGAGAAAACCCUUCUGGAGCAGGUAGCCAAGAGCAUAAAGACGUCACAAUCAUCGAUGUCAGCAUCCGUUGUUGUAACACUUGACAUGGGUAGAAUAAAAGAGGCUCACCUACAAAUUGAUGCGUACUCAGUAAAGAAUUCAAUUCUAAAAUCCACUCCAAAGAUAAAACUGAAAGAGCAGCAAAUUAGAGUAUUGGAUGAACGAAAACUUGAAGUCACUCUGGCGGCUGAUAAAAGUAAACUUCAAUUUGAACUCCACGAGCUUAUGAGUAAGCUCGCCAAAGUUGUAGUCAAGGGAAUCAGGUCCAUUGAGCGAGCUAUAAUACUUAAUGAAUCAAAAGAAAAAGAUCCUAAUGCGUGCAAAAAGUUGACAUUACUAGUAGAGGGGAAUGGUCUUUUGUCUGUCAUGGGCACUGAAGGUAUUAAUUUUCAUAAGACAGUGAGUAAUAACAUCAUGGAAGUACAACAGGUACUUGGAAUUGAAGCUGCAAGGAAGAAAAUAAUUGAUGAGAUACACUACACCAUGUCAAGCCAUGGCAUGACCAUAGACAUACGACACAUGAUGCUUCUGGCUGACUUAAUGUCAUUCAAGGGUAUAGUGUUGGGUAUGACCAGAUUUGGUGUGGAGAAAAUGAGAGACAGUGUUUUGAUGCUCGCUUCAUUUGAAAAGACCGCGGAUCACCUCUUUAACGCUUCUGUGAAUGGGAGAGUCGAUAAGAUUGAAGGAGUCUCUGAAUGCAUCAUCAUGGGCAUACCCAUGCAAGUUGGUACCGGAAUGCUUAAAGUGAAGCAAAAGUGA